CGUGCUCGACCCAGUCGGCCCAACCGUAUCUCGAUCAACCCACCCAUGUUGGGACGGUGCUGCCUGCGAUCCUGGCGACCCAAACGAGAUCACCCUCCACACGUAUCACCCUCACUUUAAUCUCCUCCUCCUCCUCGAUCACCUUCACAUCAAUCACCUCAAUUUGUACCACCUUCUCCAUCCCACCAUCCUUCAGGAUACAGAAUCUGUGCUGGUUGCAAUAGCGAAAUUGGCCAUGUAAAAUACUUCAAAUGCAUGGGAGUUUUCUGGCAUCCCGAAUGUUUCCGUUGUCAUGCUUGCGAUCUUCCAAUUUCUGAUUAUGAGUUUUCCAUCAAUGAUAAUCGUCCCUUCCAUAAAUCUUGCUAUAAGGACUUGCACCACCCCAAAUGUGAGGUUUGCAAGAACUUUAUUCCCACGAAUGCAGUCGGACUCAUUGAGUACAGAGCUCAUCCUUUCUGGAAGCAGAAGUACUGCCCUUCACACGAACAUGAUGAAACACCCCGUUGUUGUAGCUGUGAAAGAAUGGAGGUAGAGCAGCAAGUGACGGUACUCUUGGUCGAGAGACAAGCACUAAAUGAAUCCACCGAAGGAGAGGAAACUGGUCAUAACCACCAGGCAACUAUAGGCCUUUGCCUAUCGGAAGAGCAAACUGUUAACACAAUACUGAGGCGACCCAAAAUAGGAGGAUAUCGGAUAACAGACAUGUCUCCUGAGCCUUACACACUCGUUCGGAAAUGUGAAGUAACAGCGAUCCUCAUUCUGUAUGGUCUGCCUAGGUUACUGACUGGGUUGAUCCUGGCUCAUGAAAUGAUGCAUGCGUGGCUCCGUCUAAAAGGUUACCCAAAUCUUAGUCCAAAAGUCGAAAGAGGAAUUUGCCAUGUGCUAGCACACCUGUGGUUAGAUUCGGAGAUCAAUGCAGCUUCUGCUACAUCAUCAUCAUCUGGCUCUUCGAAGAAGGGGAAGAAGUCUGAAUUUGAGAAAAAACUUUGUGAGUGGCUCAUACAGCGGAUAGAAUCAGACACUUCUGCAGUUUACGGAGAUGGUUUCAGGGAAGGAAACAAGGCGGUGCUCAAAUACGGGCUGAGGAGAACUCUCGAUCACAUUCGCCUGAAAGGGAGUUUUCCUUGUUAACUUGAUAGCUCCAUUUGGUAUUGGAAUUCAUGCUCUAUAUUUCUAUAUAUUCAUUUGUCAUGCAUAUAAUUGGAUGCGAAAAAUGCAAAUGACUUUUUAAUUUUUCUUUAACAAAUAAUCGCUAUAGAUACAAUGAGGAUCCAUUCAGUACACGGAAUUGGAAUCGGAAUUCUAAUUCAAUUCCAAAUACUUCGUUUGGUAUAAUUAAAGAAUUGAU